AUGAUUUCAGUCGUUGGUCAUAAUAUAAUGCGAUUAUGCCGUCCGAAAAUAUAUUUGAUUGCCCAGCUCAAUCAAAUGAAGUCUCCAUUUAGCCCAAUGCCCUCUUCAAGAAACAUAUCGAAACAUCUAUAUGAACGGGGCAAGGCUGAGGAAAAUGUUCACUUUCUGAAACUGCAAAGAGAACAGCUGAAGGUUCUUCGCCAGAAGAUUCUGGACCAAAAGAAAUUGGUGACCUCGAAGAUCAGCCAGGUGGAUGAGAAGAUAUCAUCUUUGGAGAAAUCCGAAGAACAAAAUAAGCAGAUCAAAUAAGCAUUUCAAACAGAAUGGGCAAGAGUCCUAUGACUCGAUUUUUGACAAUAAAGUGUGGCAAAUUCU